ACGGUCACUCUAAAUCGCCUUGACGCCUCCGCCGCCAUUCGUUAAAAUUGUUAAAAACAGCGUAUAAAAUCGAGGUAAUACUCAAAUAAAAAGCUGAAUAAAAUCGCCAGACUUAAAAGUGAAUAAAACGCAAGCUGCAUUAUUCCGGAUUUAAGGGUAAAAAAAAAACUAGAAACCGGCAUUUCCCAAAGCGGCAAGAAAUUGCAUCAGUGUGCGGGUGUCCCAAAAAAAGCCAAGCCAGGAAGCUAAGUUCAUCAAGUUUUUAACUCUCGAAAGGUGCUAAAAACGAAAAAUAGGGCGUGAAGUUUGCAGUAAGCUAGAGAGUACAGGUGAAAUUAGCAACGCAAUUUGCUGGCUGACUAACCCGCCGCCCGUGGCCUUGAACUCGACAGACUUGGCUGCCGUCCACUCACCCACAUACAUAUAUACACACACGCGCAAAAGCCGCUUCUAGCAAUUGAGCAGAAGAGAAGAUAAGAAAGGGGAAGAACGCAGAAAGCUAAAGAGAAGAAACAUGGCCGAGCCAAGGACGCCCGAGAAGCUGCUGACCGCCAAGCCGCCGGUGUUCCACCACAACAGCCAUAGCCCCAAUGCCUCGCUGCAGCUGCCCAGUCCCAUUAUCACGCGGCGCACACGCACGGCCUCGACCUCCGCUCGGGCCUUGGAAAAUCCGGUUGUGACCGGCAUUGUGAAAUCCUUCAGCCGCACCAAAGGACACGGCUUCAUUACACCCCAUGCCGGCGGAGAGGAUGUUUUCUGCCAUGUUUCCGACAUCGAAGGUGAAUAUGUGCCCAUGCCCGGGGACGAGGUCAAAUACCGUCUGUGCGCCAUUCCGCCCAAGUACGAGAAGCACCAGGCUGUGCACGUGCAGAUUAGCAACCUAACGCCGGAGGUGCACCACAAGUGGGAGGAGCCAUUCUUUGGCGGCUCCUCGCCCGCCAAGUAAAGCUAACACGAGCCCCAGAAGGCGGAGCGUAGAAGCGGAAAAGUGAGCAGUUAAAAGCUUGAACGGCCUUCCCAGAAAUUUAAUUGAGCUGAAGCACGCCACCCGAGAUGAGCGAAAUGGAAAACCCGAAAAGAACAAUAGCCAUGAAAGUAAAUGAAAGCAAAGCAAAUGAAGCAGUCAGGAAAAAGCCCAAACCAGACCAGAACAGAAUAGAACAUCACAACAGGCCUGCCAUCCAACCAGCCAGCGAGCAGCAUCAACAGAGUUUCAAUUGAACACUUAAUUAGAAUUUAAGCUAAGCUAUGAAAGUCAAACAAAACAGAGUCACAAAUAUUGCCCAUUCCUCUAGAAGAGGGAAGAGCAAUUGAAACCAGUUUCGAGUAUAUUAUUAAAAACGUAUGUAUUUGGAAAUUGAAAUUGUUAUUCGAGAAGCCAGCAGCGCUGCGCCCGGUGCUGUGGAGCCUGUAUCAGUAAUUACUUUUAAUUAUAACGAAACAUCUGAAUGUGUUCGCCAAGCAAGCAAGCAAAAUGCUCUCAGUAAUUCACUUUAUUAUUAAAACAAAAGCUGCAAAACAA